AUCAAGUUCGAGGGCAUCCUGCUUUUCAAGAGAUCUCACUGAGUGGUUGUAUCGACAGAAAGCCUGAGAAUGUUGGGACUGAUUUUAUUGAUCUUGUACCUAGCAUCAGGGAUUUCCGGACUGCCAGGGGGAAUCCUAUCAGAAUAUCAAGACAGUCUCGGUCAAUACAGUUUCGGUUACAGUACCCCAGAAUCCGCAAGAUCAGAAAUGAGAUCGGCAGAUGGGAAAACAAGGGGUGCAUUUAGCUUCGUAGAUGACUCCGGAAUCAUUCAAACAGCGAAAUACACAGCAGACAGCGAGAGUGGUUUCCGUAUUGAGGCAACGUACUUACCGGUAGCUCCAAAACCCGUCCAAGAUACACCGGAAGUCAUUGCUGCACGUGAAGAACACUUCAAGGCAAUCGCCGAAGCCGAGGAAAUGGCGAGAAUUCAGGUGUCAGAAGCCGAACUGAUAAAUACUGAACCGAAAAUGGCAAUUCCGAAGAAUGACCCCAUGGAAGUUAUUGUACCGGUUGAAACUCAUGAUGAAGAGAAGUCAGAACCAGCCGAUCAAAAACGAAAACUAAUGAAGAACGAGAAUAAGGAAGAGCUGACCAAAUCGCCGGAGGAGGAGAAAGGCAAGGGAUCAGAGAGUUCUCAGGAGGCUGUGGGAGCGGGCAGUUUGGCAGUCGUAAAGACCUCCUUUGUUGUACCAACAAGUAAUAUAAACCUUCAGAGCCGGAUUAAACUUGAACCAAUGAGGCUCACGUCUAUUACACCCUUUACCACAUUGCCACAAGAUGAAACCUCGGCUAGAAGGGAAAACGUGAGAGGAGCUUCGUCUGCUGUUGUUGGUGUAGAUUUCAUCAGAUAUUCACCAUAUUCAGCUAUUUUGGCCUCACCUUAUGCAGCCGCUCUUCAGCCUCAUUAUCAUUUUGUUCCCAUCGUCACUAAAAUCUUUUAAGCCUUUAUCAAUGCAAUUGUAUUUGAUCGUUUCAAUUAAUUCGACGUAAUAAACUGGAUUCAUCACCAUUGCUGUUUUUCGUUGAUCAUCUCUGUA